AUGUCGUCUCAGAGUUUUGCGCGUUUAUUCCGUGUCAUUAGUGGUCAUCGAUCGAUUGUUCUCUCACAUACGGUCAGUAGGAGGCUCCAUCUCCAGUGUCGUGUCGCUCAGCGACUCCUCGAACGGAGCCUAGCUCCCCACCAGCAUGGAGUUCAACAGCGCCGAUCUAACUCCUCGAAGCCGGGCGAGAACAAAGAGGAAGACAAAAAAGACGAUAAACCCCCGGAGCGUUCCGAGUUCCUCUUCAACUGUGUCAAAAUCGCUAUAGCGCUCAACAUCCUGAACAUCGCGUUCAACUGGUUCGCCAAUGCGCGGAAGAACUACGACACGUCGCAGGUUACCUGGAACGACUUCUACCACAACAUGCUGGCGAAGGGGGAAGUCGAGGCUAUCGUCGUUCGUCCAGAGUAUCCGAACACGGUCCUGAUCAGAUUGACUCCCGGUGCGGUCAUCAACGGGAAGGUCACCGACCGACGCUCCUACUUCCUGGAGAUCACAAGUCUCGAGAACUUCGAAGCUAAGCUCCGGGAGGCCGAGAAACAACUCGGGGUCGCCCCCGGCUCGGUGCCCGUCGUGUACGCUCGACACUCGGGCGUAGUCGCGCUGAUCAACGUGCUGCUAAUCGUGGGAUUGAUGUACGCCUUCGUCAAGAUGAGGAAACGUUUUGCCGGGAAAUCAACCCAAGGUUUCCUCGACGAUCUCCAGAAAGCCCAGUUCACGGUGGUCGACCACACCAUCGACUCCACGAGACCCAAAGUUCGUUUCUCUGACGUGGCCGGCUGUCACGGGGCGAAGGUUGAGAUCGGCGAAUUCAUAGAUUACCUCCAGGACGCGGAGAAGUACAAGAAACUCGGUGCUAAACACCCCAAGGGAGUUCUCCUGCUGGGACCCCCGGGCUGCGGGAAAACCAUGUUGGCCAAGGCCGUGGCCGCCGAGGCUCAGGUCCCGUUUCUGGCGAUGGCCGGCUCGGAGUUCAUUGAAAUGAUCGGCGGUCUGGGAGCUAGUCGGGUUCGAAACCUCUUCCAGGAAGCUCGCAAACGAGCUCCCUGCAUCAUUUAUAUCGACGAGAUCGACGCCAUAGGUCGCCAGCGGAGCUUCAACCAGGCGAGCACGAGCGGCGAAGAGGAGCAGACGCUGAAUCAGCUGCUUUCCGAGAUGGACGGAAUCUCGACGAAGGAGGGGGUCAUCAUGCUGGCGUCGACCAAUCGGGGCGACCUUCUCGACAAGGCCCUCUUGCGUCCGGGGAGAUUCGAUCGGCACAUUCUCAUCGAUUUGCCCAACCUCGCGGAGAGGGUCGAGAUCUACGAAAAGCAUCUCGGAUCCAUAAUGCUCGAAAAAUCACCGUCGACCUACUCGCAGCGCUUGGCCCAGCUGACCCCGGGAUUCAGCGGCGCCGACAUCGCUAACGUCUGUAACGAGGCGGCGCUGCACGCGGCACGUCUACAGAAGCAUAGCGUGACUUCUGAAGACAUCGAUUACGCCGUGGAGCGAGUUGUGGGCGGCACGGAGAAGAAAACGCAUGCGAUGUCGCCUGAAGAAAGACGUCGAGUCGCCGUUCAUGAGAGCGGACAUGCCAUCGUCUCGUGGCUGUUGGAGAGCACCGACGACGUGCUCAAAAUCUCUAUCGUACCCCGGACCAAGGGCACGCUCGGCAUGGCGAGGUACGUGCCCACCGAGCAAAAGCUCUUCAGCAGCGAAGACCUCUUCGAGCGCAUCUGCGCGGCGCUCGGAGGACGCGCGGCGGAAGUCAUCGUCUACGGUCAGCCUUCCACCGGGGCAGAAGACGAUCUCAAGAAAGUCACGGAGAUCGCGAAAGCCAUCGUCGAACAGUACGGUAUGGAUGCGGGUAUUGGGACGUUGUCCUACACCGACCGUAAGCCGUACUCGAAAAAACUCGCGAAUACGAUGGAUUUUCGAGCCAGCCGUAUAGUGCAGAAAGCUUUCGAAACAACAGUGAAUUUAGUCAGGGCGAAUCAAGAUAAACUGAAGGCGCUCACCGACGAGCUGUUCCGGAAGGAGGUCCUCGAGCGUGCAGACGUCGAGGCCAUUCUGGGUCCCAGACCGCGCCUCCAGAAAGCGGCGGCGAACUAG